UGUUUUAACGCUAAAAUAAGGUGCAGUUAAUACUAGGAGGUGUGUGAGGCAGGCAGUGAGGUCUGCCUGGUGUGUGAGGCAGUGUGUUGGGUGGCAGACUCACGCUGUUACUAUCUGUAUACACUAUUGAUAUUGUAGUCGUCUGACUUUGGAUGAAGAAAGUAAAGAUAACAUCAGGCAAGAUAAAUCACCCCGGGGAAGAAAUUAAAUUCUAAACACAAGUAUUAUACAGCAUUUGAAAAGGAAGUGUUGAAGAUUUAUGUCUGUUAUAUUGCUUCCAAUAUCUCUCUUAAGGUAACUCCUGGAAAAAAAUUGAAUUAUAAAAACAUUCUGGAAAGGAAAAACAAUUUCAAGACUUUUGUAUAGCCAGAGUACAGUAACAGCCUUGUUAGGUCCACUGACUUAGGGCAACUGGAUUAACAAUAUUGUUAUUCAAUUAAAGUAAAGCUAAACUUUUGAGGGCCAUUCAGGGCUGAGGACCUUCGGGGACCAUGGGCAAGUUUACGGGUCGUCGAGCGCUAGUGACUGGAGCUGGGGAUGGUAUUGGCAGAGAAAUUGCUGUCAGACUACUAGAGAUGGGCGCAGAAGUCUUCGCUCUGAGCAAAACUGCCUCCCAUCUUGAAUCUUUGAAAACAGAGUACCCAAGUAUCCAGAUCAUCUGUGUUAACUUAAGUGACUGGAAUGCUGCUAGGGAAGUAGUACAGAAAAUAACUCCCAUUCAUUUUCUGGUAAAUAAUGCAGCAUGUACUUCCUUGCAACCAUUUCUAACGGCUACACCAGAGAGUUUCGACGAGCUGUUCAGCGUGAACGUGAAGGCAGUGAUGAAUGUAUCACAAGUGGUGGCUGGCGACCUUAUAGCAAGAGGACAGAAAGGCGCUAUUAUCAACCUAUCAUCUCAGGCGGGUCAGUCUGCUCUUAAGGAUCACACUGUGUACUGCGCCUCUAAGGGAGCGCUGAACAUGCUGACCAAGGUCAUGGCUCUGGAGCUAGGACCGAAAGGGAUCCGUGUGAAUGCAGUGUGUCCUACUGUGGUGAUGACGACCAUGGGGCGCAAAGCAUGGUCUGAUCCAGCCAAAGCUGCGCCCAUGUUGGCUCGCAUACCCCAAGGAAGGUUUGCUGAAGUGAGUGAUGUGGUGAACGCCGCAGUGUACUUACUCUCUGAGGAAAGUGACAUGGUUAAUGGUCAUCUUCUUGCUGUUGAUGGUGGCUACUCGGCAGUGUGAUCCACAAGACACUUUAAUUUGUGUCAGUUUCUGUUAUUCUUGCACAAUAUAAAUCUCAAAUAAAAAUAAUUAUUAAUA